GCUCUAGAUGCGCCAUUUUACUGCGUCCACAGCCAUCCGGCAAGAUGGUCCCCGUGCUUUGUCUGCCCUGACCGGACUCGUUUGGUUAUGUGAUGUUUUUAUCGGCGCAGUGACAUCGAAAAAAAAAGCUUAGCUGGAAUUGGAUUGACCGUGGCACCGACUGGUCUUGUGUCUGCCCAUCACGAAACGCCCGCCUUGGAGAGGAGAUGAGUAUGGCCUCUUGCGAAUCGCCUUCAGAUCAAGGGACAGAGAUGGCAGAGGAGCCUGGCAGCUCGACAGAGGCUAUGAAGCACACUAUGAAAUUGCCAGCCACCGAAGAUCCUCUCACAAGAGCAAAUCAAUCGGACAGUUCAGAAGAGUCCGAAAAUGACGUCGCUUCUGACAAUCUUUCAGAGAGCAAUGGAGGCAGCAUUUCCAAAACGACCUUGGUGAUGAGGCCAGUUGUGAAUGAAAAUAAAGGAGCGAUGAAGCUCAGAGUGGAUUUUAAACAGUGCAACACAGAUGAUGCCUUGCAGAAGAAGGUCAACUGCACAGCGUGCGGGCAGCAAGUUAAUCAGUUCCAACGUAACUCUGUUCUUGAGCAUCCUGUGCUCAAAGUGCUUAUUUGCAAGUCGUGUUACAAGUUUUACAGAAGUGAUGACAUCAGCAAAGACUCGGACGGAAUGGAUGAGCAGUGCAGGUGGUGUGCUGAAGGGGGCAAACUGAUUUGCUGCGACUUUUGCAACAACGCCUUCUGCAAGAAGUGCAUUCUGCGCAACCUGGGACGGAAGGAGCUGUCCGUCAUCACCAAUGAGAACUCAAAGUGGCACUGCUACGUGUGCACCUCUGAGCCACUCUCGGACUUAUCCUCCAAAUGCCAGCGCAUCAUGGAGAAGUUAGAAACGGUGUGGAACAAGGAGCGUAGACCAGAGAAGAGUCAGGAGCGCGACGGCAAGCAGCACAGAGGGAAAGAGGCAAAAAAACACAAAGCCGUCAACGGAAAGGAGCACGGCGAGGACUCUGGGACCAUGACCUUCUGCUACAAAAAGCUGCACGUUUCCAAAGAGCUCGUCAAAAAGGCCAAGAAGCUGGUGGAGACGACGGCGGGCCUCAACAACACGUUCAUUCAGUUCAUCCAGCAGGCGAGCGAGAAGCAAGGGGACAACUCCAUCAGGUAUAGACACUUGAACGCGUUCAAAUCGGUGCUCAGCGAUUUGAAGAAAGCCCAUACUGCCCUGGAGGACGCGUUGGAGCCCGAGUUCAAGAACAUGGAGUUGCAAAACGGCGACGAGGGGUUACACGUUCACAGGAAAAGCGUGGAGGAUGCAGACACGGAACUCGUGGACGAUAUCGCUGCCGCGGCGGAGCCAGAAGAGGAAGAGGAGGACAACGAGGAGGAGGAGGAGGAGGAGGACGGUGAUGAGGACAGCGAUCGAUCCCCUGAUGCUGAGCCAAAGGGAGUGGACACGGGAACCGCCAAGGCCAACGUCACGGCGAAGUCUGACGACGAGGAAGACGACGACGACGACAUGCCGAUGGAUGAGAUGUCCCUGGACCACGACAUCGUCUCAGUUCCUCCGUCGGUUCCCGAGGAGCUCUUCCAGAUGGUGGAGAGCCUCGCUGACUCCUCCAUGCUCUCGCAGACGGACGACGCGGCCAACGACGGGGCCGGCGAAGACACGGCCGCCGCGUCCAAGGAGAAGGCGGCGAACUCCCAGCGACACCAGCCCAAGGUGAAGAACCUCAUCGUCAAACUCACCCCCGUGCCGGUGGUGACGACGUGCAGCUCCCGAUCCUCCAGGUCCUCCAGAUCCAGGUCCAAGAGCAAGAGCAAGGACAAGGAGGUUGAAACCCCAAAGAAGAGCAAGAAGAAUAAGAAGGAAGGGAAGAAGAACGAGGUUGAGGAUGACGUGGAAAAAGAGGAGGAUGACGUGGAAAAAGAGGAGGAUGACGUGGAAAAAGAGGAGGAUGACGUGGAAAAAGAGGAGGAUGACGUGGAAAAAGAGGAAGAACAGGCGGUAGAAGAGGAUGGAGAAAAGGAGGAGGAGGAUGAGGCAGAAGUGGAGGAGGAGAAGGACUCAGGUUCUGAGGUGAAACAGAGGAAUGGAACUCCAACUGAUUGCGUCCCCAGUAAGCGUCGCUCUAGCCGGACAAAGACCACACCACUCAGGAAGCAGGCGGAGAUCAAGGCCAAGGAGGACUCCUCGGAGACAGAAGAGCAGAACCGGGACAAGGCUGACAAGGCCGGAAAGUCCAGCAGCACCAAGACCAAAAACGGAAAACGGACCAAGACCUCUUCGCCCGAGGACAAAGGGGAGGAGUCUGACUCGGACCCCGUGCCCGACAUACUGCUGCAGAAGGUGGCGGAAGAGCACAGUUCCGCCGAAGGGGAGGUCACGAAGAGUGCCAAGAAGUGCUUGUUUAAGCAGAAGGAGAAGGAAAAGCCGAGCAAGCGCAAGAGGAAGUCGGACACCUCCGACUCUGACCCGCCGGAGCAGGGCAAAAGUAAAUCCUCAGUGGCAUCCAAGAAGUCCUCAAAGAAGAAGAAGCAGCACAGCGGCUCAGAGGAUUCUGAGCCGGAGAAGGCCACCAAGAGAAGGUCAAGCCGGACGAAGAAGAAGAAGGAAGAAGUCAAGAAGUCUCCCGACGCCAAGGCCGGGGAUCUGAAAAGGUCCUACGAAAAGAAGCGAGCGGCGAGGAAGGCUAAAGGGGCGUCUAAGUCGUCCUCCAGCGAGGAGGAGGAUGGGGACGAAGGGGCCAUCGGUGGGGAGGACUCCGGAGAAGACAGCGACCAGCAGAGGAUCAAGCCUCUCGUGGAGGAGAACGUCGCCACAGCAAGCGGCAACUUCCAUCAGUCCUCAGGGGAUGAAGAUGGUAAUAAAGACGGCUCUCAUCCCGGUGAAGACGAUGACGACGCUGAAAACCGAAUUGCAAAGAAAAUGCUUCUGGCACAAAUAAAGUCCAACUACUCGUCUGGUGACGACAGUUCCUCAGACGGGGAAGGGGGAGAUAACGAAGACAAGAAAUCCAAGAAAGUAAAGAAAGAGAAAAAAGACGAUGACGAGGAGGAAGACGGAGAUGAAGAUCAGGAAGACAACGACGAUGACGACUACGAGGAGGACUCCCAGCAAGGCUCCGCCUCGGACGGAGACACGAAGAAGGGGCGGCGCCACGCCUUGCUGCGCCACAAACUCACUCUGAGCGAAGGAGAGUCGGCGGACGAGAAGUCUGGUGGCAAGGGCAAGAAGAGCAAGGACCCCAAGAAACGAUCAUGGCGGAAAGUCGGCAGUGACGACUCGGACUCUGAGUUCGAGAAGUCCGGAUCCGCCAGCGACGAUGAGUCUGUGAUGAGCGAGGAGUUGAGCGGGUCAGAAGAGGACGGCAAACGCAGAAAGACCAGGUCGUCCAAUAAGAAAGACGUGGAGAAACGGAGCUCCAAGCAGAAACAGAAGAAGAAGAGGCGCAGAAUUAAAGUGCAGGAUUCCUCCUCCAGCAACGACAAGAGCGGUGACGAUGAAGACGGGGACGACGAAGACGGAGACGAUAAGGACACGCCCAAGGGCCGCAAGAGGAUCCGCAAGAUCCUGAAAGACGACAAGCUCCGCACGGAGACCCGGGACGCUCUGAAAGAGGAGGAGGACCGGCGACAGCGCAUCGCAGAGAGGGAGAUGCUGAGGGAAAAAAUGAUAGAGGUAUCAAAAACGGCGGAGAUAAAGGAGGCCAGUCAGAUGGAAUGUCCCAUCACCCUGAAGAUGGUGCUGGAUGAGGAUGAAGAGACAAAGGAGCCCAUGGUGCAGGUGCACAAGAAGCUGGUCACCAAGCUGAAGCCGCAUCAGGUCGAAGGUGUGCAGUUCAUUUGGGACUGCUGCUGCGAGUCGAUGAAGAAGACUGAGAAGUCAUCCGGCUCUGGGUGCAUCCUGGCCCACUGCAUGGGCCUGGGGAAGACCCUGCAGGUGGUGACGUUCCUCCACACAAUGCUGCUCUGUGAGAAGCUCAACUUCUCCACGGCCCUGGUGGUCUGCCCGCUGAACACGGUCCUCAACUGGCUCAACGAGUUUGAAAAGUGGCAGCACGGGAUGAAGGACGAGGAGAGCUUGGAGGUGACGGAGCUGGCCACGGUGAAGAGGCCCCAGGAGCGUGCCUACGCCCUACAGCGGUGGCAGGAGGAUGGGGGCAUCAUGAUCAUCGGCUACGAGAUGUACAGGAACCUCACCCAGGGACGGAACAUCAAGAGCAAGAAGCUCAAGGAGACCUUCCAGAAGACUCUUGUGGAUCCCGGUCCGGACUUUGUGAUCUGUGACGAAGGCCACAUCCUCAAGAACGAGGCGUCUGCCGUGUCCAGGGCCAUGAACUCCAUCAAGACCCGCCGGAGGGUCAUCUUGACCGGAACGCCGCUGCAGAACAACCUCAUAGAGUACCACUGCAUGGUGAACUUCAUCAAGGAGAACCUGCUUGGCUCCGUGAAGGAGUUCAGGAACCGAUUCAUCAACCCCAUCCAGAACGGCCAGUGUGCCGACUCCACUGAGCAGGACGUGCGUGUCAUGAAGAAGAGGGCCCACAUCCUCUACGAGAUGCUGGCCGGCUGCGUUCAGAGAAAGGACUACACGGCACUGACCAAAUUCCUACCUCCAAAGCAUGAGUAUGUGCUCGCUGUGAGGGUGACGCCCAUUCAGUGUAAACUUUAUAGGUACUACCUGGAGAACUUUACAGGUGUGGGCAACGCCAACGAGGGGGGCAAGGGACGCGCCGGGACCAAACUCUUCCAGGACUUCCAGAUGCUGAGCAGAAUCUGGACCCAUCCCUGGUGCCUUCAGCUCGACUACAUCAGCAAAGAGAACAAGGGAUACUUUGACGAGGACAGCAUGGAGGAGUUCAUCGCCUCGGAGACCGAGGAGUCCUCCAUGAGCAUGACCUCGGAAGACGACAAGAAAAAGAAAAAGAAGGGCAAGGGGAAGAAGAAGAAGGGCUCGGACGACUCGGACAGCGAAGACCUGGAAGUGAUCAAGGAGUGGAACACCAGCUCCCGGGGAGGGGACCCGGCGGGGCGGAACCGCGCGGAGCCCGUGGAGGAAGCCCGGCCCUCGGCAUCGGGCCCAGGGAGCCCGUCUCCCGACUGGCACAAGGAGUUCGUCACCGAGGCAGACGCAGAGAUCCUGGAACACUCUGGGAAGAUCUCUCUCCUCUUUGAGAUCCUGCGCAUGGCGGAGGAGGUGGACGAUAAAGUGCUGGUGUUCAGCCAGUCUCUCAUCUCCCUGAACCUGAUCGAGGACUUCCUGGAGCAGGCCGGCCGCGCCCGGGAGGAGGCCAAAGUCUCUCCAUACAAAGGUGAGGGCAAGUGGUUCAGGAACAUCGACUACUACCGCCUGGACGGGUCCACCAACGCACUCACCAGGAAGAAGUGGGCGGAGGACUUCAACGACCCCGCCAACAUAAGAGGUCGUCUGUUCCUCAUCUCCACACGGGCCGGCUCCCUGGGCAUCAACCUGGUCGCCGCCAACAGGGUCAUCAUCUUCGACGCGUCCUGGAACCCCUCCUACGACAUCCAGAGUAUCUUCAGAGUGUACCGCUUCGGCCAGACCAAGACGGUCUUCGUCUACCGCUUCUUGGCCCAGGGCACCAUGGAGGAGAAGAUAUACGAGCGACAGGUGACCAAGCAGUCGCUGUCCUACCGCGUGGUCGACCAGCAGCAGAUCGAGAGGCACUUCACCAUGAACGAGCUGGCAGAGCUCUACAACUUUGAGCCGGACGUGCUCGACGACCCCACGGGGAAGAAGAGCAAAAGGGCCACGCCCGUACUGCCCAAGGACCCUGUCCUGGCUGAACUGCUGCACAGCUUCAAGAACCACCUGGUGGGCUACCACGAGCACGACUCCCUGCUGGACCACAAGGAGUCGGAGGCCCUCAGCGAGGAGGACCGCAAGGCCGCCUGGACCGAGUACGAGGCUGAGAAGAAGGUGAGCACGGAGCUAGGGGGUGGUUGGGCACUGCCCUAGAAUCCUCACUGGCCCCAUGAUACGAUAUUACCACUUUUAUGGGCCGAUACCAUGUUGUUGUUUUUUAGUUUUGGGAAUCUGUAGGAAUGACUAAUACGAUAUCACUUACUUAUUUAUUUGUGUGAUUUUAUCUUUUGCGAUUAACGGUCCUUCAGUGGGACCCGUUUUUUUUUUCAGAUGAAAGCAGACGAGCAGAAUAUGGUUAAUGCGAUAUCCACUAUAGACCAAUACGCUGUUGUAGCACCAUUGAUGUCAUUGAUUUCAACUAAGAUUGCAAUGAUGUUUCUGGCCCUCUUCAUGUUUCCUUCUUACUCUCUAUUGGCCGUUGAUUUUUUAUCAGCACUCCGACGCAAGUCUGUACAAACAUAAUUGCACACAUUUGUCUUUAUGUUGACACCUUAGCCUCUACCAUGUGUUGAUGUUGUUCCCCUGUCUAAUCGAUGCCCUUUGACGCAAUAAUCUGAAAUCAAGCGGAGGCGAGAUAUGAACGGCUAAAGCAAAGCGGGCUUUAGGUUUAGUUGUUUUUUUAUUCGGCAACCGUCAAAAACCCGAAUUAUACGCAGUGUUCCGAAAAAUAUUUGUAAUUU